UCGCCAUUCCUCUGCCACCUUGAUACGUGGUGACUAUCCGUGAAUUCCGCGAGUCCAAGAUGAAAGUCGUGGUGAGAACAGUGCAGCACGAGUCGGCACUCGAAGCCGUGCCCAAGACGUCCACCAGGGAGAUAUUCAGCCUGAUAUGCAAGUCCCUCGGCAUCCAGGAGACGUGGUACUUCGGCCUUAUGUACCACGGCACCGACAACGAGGAGGUAUGGGUGGAUCAGUCGAAAAAGGCGUUGAGAGAACUGAGGAGCAACAGCACGAACUUACAGUUCAGAGUAAAGUUCUACCCCGAAGACGUGGUGGAAGAACUAAUCGAAACGGUGACCAUAGAAUUCUUUUUCCUGCAAGUCAAGGCGGACAUCUUAAGGGACGUCAUCUACUGUCCCCCAGACACCUGCGUGGUACUGGCGUCCUACGCUCUACAGGCCAAGUACGGCGACUACAACAAGAACGAGCACAACGAGGACAUCCUCAAGAAGCAGAAACUGCUGCCCGACAGAGUGACUAAACAGCACGAUAUGAACAUAUCAGAAUGGCAUACCAGCAUAAUAGACAUGUGGAUGAAACAUAGAGGACUGGAUAAAGAGGAAGCCAUGCUAGAAUAUCUGAAAUUGGUCCAGAAUUUGGAAAUGUACGGCGUCACUUAUUUUCACAUAAAGAACAGAAAAGGCACAGAAGCUCUGCUUGGCAUCACUGCUUUGGGCCUUAACAUAUACAAAGAAAGUGAUAGGUUGAAUCCCACCGUAUCCUUCCCAUGGUCUGAAAUAAAGAACUUAAAAUUCAAGGACAAGAAGUUCAUAAUAAAACCGUCAGACAAAUCGGCGAAAGAUUUUAUCAUAUAUACUCAAAACGGAAAGAUAAGCAAGUUGAUACUUAACCUCGGUAUUGGCAACCACACUUUGUAUAUUAGAAGACGAAAGCCUGAUACACCCGAAAUUGUAAAAAUGAAAGAAAAGGCUAACGAGAUCAGAAGAAACAAGAACAUUCAAAAACAAAAGUACUACACAGAAAAGACGCUCAGGGAAGAAGCGGAACAACGCGAGAUCGAAUACAAGAAACAGAUCCAACGGAUGAAGGAAGAAAUGGAACGAAGUCAAAAACACCUCCAGGAAGCCCAGAAAACGAUAGAGAAGCUCCAACAACAACUGGACGAGCUCCAGAAGUCCAAGGAGGAACUGGAGAUUCAACGCAACGAACUUCGGGAAAUGAUGGACCGUCUAGAGCAGAGCAAGAACAUGGAGGCUGCCGAAAAACUGAAGCUAGAAGAAGAAAUACGGGCGAAGCACGAAGAAGUGUUGAGGAUUCAAGAGGAGGUAGAACGAAAAGACGCGGAGGCUAGGCGGCUGCAAGAAGAAGUGGAAGAAGCCAAGAGAAAGGAAGAAGAAUAUAGGCAACAACAGCUAGAGGAGGCUGCAAGGAGAGAAGAGGAAGAGAGACAAAGACAGCUCCAGGAACAAGAGCUGGAGUCGGUGCCCGAAGGAGCUGAUACUUCUCUUCCAGAGCUGCAACAAAUUAACGAACAGCUGAAGGAACAGCUUAAGAUGCUUCAAGGCAAGUUGGAACACACCAGACACGAGGAAGAGGAAACGACAUUGGAUAAAAUCCACAGGGUUAACGUGGCAGAGGGCAGGGAUAAAUAUAAAACUCUUGCGGACAUUCGCAGGGGUAAUACGGUUAGAAGAGUAGAAAUGUUCGAAAACAUGUAGUCCUUUAAAGAUCAAGCUCAUAAAUAUGUUCUCAUCAAAAUGUAAAAACUGAGUUCUAUUCGAAUUGAACAGAUUUUUCUUGCGCAGUAAACCGCUGGGAAAUUUUUAUAUACUUAUAUACGGGGAACUUAAAUAAGAUAAUUAUUAUGGAUUUAAAAAAAAUCAUAUUGGCCAGUUUUGUUUUCCUGAUACCUAUAAAAUUGUAAAUAUAUUAUUAAGUGAUGGAUUUAGCGGAAAAUCUCCUAUACGCCAAAACUGUAUUAGUUAUAAGGCAUAAAAAAGAAAGUAUACACUUACAAUAUUCUUUGAUACCGCUAAUGGUUUAGUGAACAAUAUUACUUCACAUUAUCGGCAAUAAGAAACGUUGUUCAUGAAACGGGUAACAGUAUUAGAGAAUUUUAUGAAGUAGGUAAGUCGUUUCUUUACGAAUGUCUACUCACAUGAGAUUGUCCCGUCCACAUUAUUAAAAUUGUUACGAUUACUUGCUUAGUUCCCGAUUAUUUCUAAUAUGUAAGUAUAUUUUUUUAACUGUAUAUUUAUAUUACCUACUAAUUAUAUAGAAAUAGUAACAACUGUUUUUUAUUUUGGAAAAUUACCAACAUAUAAUUUUUUGAAACUCA